AUGGCAGCGGAAGAACAACAGGUCGGAAGCCGAUCGGCGGCAGCAACUUGUGGCCUUGAAUACCAUACCGACGAGUCUUUAAGCUCGCGAGUCGAGAAGAUAUUGAACAACAAGUUGAUGUCGGACGUCACGUUUAUCGUUGGACCCGAAAAGCAACGAAUCUACGCAAACAAGGUGCAUUUGGUGACGGCGUCCGAGUAUUUCUACACGCUGUUUUAUGGGAACUUUGCUGAGGCAAAGCGCGACGAGAUUGAACUUCCGGAUGAAGAUCCGGAAACAUUUCUAACGAUCCUGCGUCUUAUUUACGGCGCGAAGGUGGACAUCAAUUUCGAAAAUCUUCGCGAUAUUUACGAGCGUAUGCAAAUGUACCUGCUAUCGACGGAAUACUACAAACAAUUGAUAAGUUUUCUGAUGGAUCAGAUAGUCGACAAGGAUACGGCGAUGAAGAUUUUCCGAGAAAAUCAUCACUACAAGUUUCAGCUCGUCGAAGAUGCAUGCUUGUCGUAUAUUCAAAGCAAUCCACUGUAUUACUUUGGAAAAGAGGAUGUUACUACACUUGAACGGGAAAGACUGCUUAAGAUCGUUCGCUUACAAAAAAUUAAUUGCACUGAGGAGCAGUUGCUUGAAGUACUCAGAAAAUGGGAGAUCGCAAAUCCCGAAUCGGACACUAAGGAAUUACGGAAACUUGUGAGCGGAACAACACGUGCAUGCUAUUCCCAUAAAUUUCCUCUCCUUUCUAAUGCGACGUUAGUACACGCUGCGGUAAAUUCUUUUACUUCACAAUUUUCAUUGAAGCUCACAUCACCAAAAUCGGUAUCACUGUACGGAAUAGGUGUAUACCUAGUGCCUACUGAUGAUGAUGCGUCAGUUGCACUCGGGAUUCUAGAUUCCAAUAACUACACUGAAAUCUGCAGCUCGAAAGUCGUAGCAAGCCGCAUUUCCUGUAUGGAGAUAGUGGAUUUGAUGUUUGAAGAAAUGGAGUUAGUAAAAGGCAAACCACAAAGUUUUCGUUUAACAAUCGAAAACAGCAAUAGUUACAUAGGUUUAAAUAAACACUGUGGUCAUAGUUCUGUGCACGAUAAAAUUAAAAUUGAAAUAUCGUUUGGAUCCCCUCAAAACCAAAGUUUCGCUCAUUUGUGGGUCAAGGAUUCGAAAUGCGGUGUGGGAACCCAUCAAGCGCCGCUGUUAUGCUGCCAGAAAAGCUUUAGCAAGUAAACCAUGGGCUUGAGAUUGUGUGGUCGGCCUUUUAGCCAUAGAUGCCUGUAACAUAAGCCAAUUUGUUCACGCUUCAUUCUGCACAUGCUAAAACUAAUCUGUUAAGAAAAGAUGUACGAGGAACAGGAUAAUAGCAAAAGCCAAACGGACCGAAUUGUUCGCUACGCUGUGAUAAUGGGAGCAAA